AUGAACUCCUCAUUGAGGUACCCGUAUGUACGACGUAGUACGGCUCAAUUUGAUGGUGAAGCACUGCAGCAUCUUCUGCUUAAUGAACGUAUAUGGCGUCAUGCGUUUGAAAAACCAGCGAAAAAUCUGGAUCGAGACGGUAGAAAAACCAAAUGGUCAACAUUUAUAGGUUAUUUACAGAGUAAUUUUAUUGAUGCGCUCAAGGAGGAGUUAUUGAAUGUGGUACUACGUGUACAUGAACAUCUUUCCGAGUAUAACAGGAUUUAUGCAAAUAAUUCUUAUGUUCGAAAAACGCAUUUUCGAGCCUAUAGGAAAUACGCUUUGAAUGAAAUACACAAGACUGUUUACUGGUAUACGUUAUCGAUUUUCUACCUCACUGAAAAUGAAAGUCAUAAAGCAUUGGUGCUUCGACCUCAAAAUGCUGAACCUAUUUGGAGGCAACAAUUUGACAGCAAUUUUGGUCGUAUACAUGCGCUACGGAAUUAUACGGAUCAGCUUUCUCAUCGAUGUUGGGAAAUUGGUGUUGAAGGCUCUCACAUGGGUUGGGAACGAUCAACAUAUAAAAAGAAGAUAAACGACAGCAUGAGUGAUUAUAAUAUUGCCGUAGGAUUGGAUAAUGUUUUGACUCCUGUGUGGACAUUUUGGAAUGCAAUGUUUUUGGCAGUGACCACCUACACCACUAUCGGCUACGGUAAUAUCACCGCGAAAACUAAACUAGGAAAGCUUGCAGCUAUGGUGUAUGCAGUCAUUGGCAUUCCUCUUGUACUAAUGAUUCUGCACAAAUUGGGACGAUUCUUCCUGUUGGCUCUGGAGCACGUUUGGGAUUUUAUCAUGAGAGGAGCCGAGUAUCUAUGCUUCGUGAAUGGAGGAAGUCGUCUGAAACUGUCCGAAGAAGAGCGAAUAUCGGAAAUGCCACUACUUCUAGCUUUAGGCGAUGUGACCCCGACGAAAAGCGAGGAUAUGUUCAUAAUUUUCGGACUGAUAAUGAUAGGAUUAUCCUUAGUAUCUAUGUGCAUCAAUGUUAUACAGCUCAAGCUAGAAAAGCUGUUCGAGGAGCUGUUACUAACGCUCAUGGAAGAGUAUAGUACUGAUCCAGAGGCAACUAAUCUGAAAGGUGGACAGAUUGGAAUGAUGGAAAUGUGGCGAGUGUGGAAAAAGAGAAAAUCUCGAUUGCGUAAAGGUUUGGCACCAGCGCGACAAGCUGCAGGAAAAGCAAGCCAAAAUUUGGCUAAGGUGAUUCCAUUUGCACGUCGACGAGAUCGACAUCACCUUAUCGAAGAAUUGCAACAUCGCCUUCAUAUGAGGGAUAAAGCGACACAAACCGAAAAUAUUAAUGGUCCAAUUUUGGAAGAAGCUUGGACCGAGACCAGCGAUGUCGAUAGUUACACAACUAGCUGUAGCGUUCCAUACGAAGUAGGCGGUGCUUACUUGGGAUUGGACGCACCAACUCCAAUCAUAGCUGGACCAUCUCGCAGCGAAACGCAUCCAGUAGUCGUUCAAGCCGAGCUAUCAUCUUUGGCUUCUUCAGCGCAUUCGACAAGUUCGACAAAUCGCAGCAGGCUUAGCAAUCCACGAUCGGCUAGCAGCGUCCCCUCAAAAAUGUCAACACUUUCCACAGUCUCAAGUAAGGCGUCGUCCGCGAAAUCAGCGCCGAUGCCUCAAUCGGGUGUGUUUCCAGUCGACUUUGAUCCAAACCGGAGGUGGACAUUCAUCGAGACCGGAAAGACCCAACGUGGAGCUCCUCGAGGACUUGUGGUUCCGUACAUGUAUACUUCAAGACAGAACCGUCACGUACACACAAACGAGAUGCGUCGUCUCAUCUCCGAGCUGGACGCUCGUCUACGUGACUGCCGGAUGCUGACCGCUAGUCCACAAUCAUCAUCAAUGAGCUCUUAUUCGAAGUGA